AUGGAAAGUGAUGAAGCAACCGCUUCCGAUGCUCAACCCAGCUCAUCCAAUCAAGAUGAGCAACAAAAAGAGGCUGAUUUGAAGUUAUCACAGGAAUUUCUGCAACGUGCUGCCGGCUUGAUUCGUGCUGCGAACGCUCUACCAAAACUUGGCGACAAUUACGAGAUAUGCGCUUCAUACGCUAAAUACCGUGAACUGAUGGAAAUUUCCAGGAAACGCCUAGCUGUUUUAUUGUACAAAGUCUACUCGACGGCCGGUGUGAAAAUUCGUCUUCCACGGCAGGACGAUCAUCACGAGUUUGUUGACCGAAUCACUGAUGCGAACGAUAUUAUCAUGGAAAGAGCGGGCAUCAUGAUGGACGAGAUUAGCAAAGCGCACAGAAAGGAGAUUGUUCAAGUGCCGAAAGCGAUUUCACAAGCUGAAAGCACGAUACGAACGGUGCAAGGAGCAACAAGUUCAACAGAAUCACCAUCAAUCUUCACGAAAGCGCCUCAAUCGAUUCGACCGCUGGACGUUACUCAAAUGGCUAAGUUUCGGGCGCUUUCACGGCACAAUGAAGUACUUGGAAAAGUGGCUCACAUCAAGAAGCCGCAAAAAGAAUUUGGAUUCGAGAAGUACAUCGACAACUCAUCGGCGUCGUUUGUCAGCAAAUUGACCACAAAACAUCAUCGAUAUCAGCCAAGCAAAUCACACGGAGUGACGAUACAUGAAGAAGGCGAUAUGAUUGUUAGAGAAGAUAGAAGCUGGCUGAAUGAUGAGACAGACGAGCUGAAUCCCUACAGCAUCGAGCUUCAACAUUUUACUGUGCCCGAGGAUCAGCUGAUUUCACGAGAGCCUUUGCCCUACAAACCCCUUGAUGAAACCACGCUGACACUGGUGAACGAUGUGGAAAAAGCUGCAUAUUUUGAACGAGCCGUUCUCGGAUCCGAAGAUUUUAAAGGUAUUUCAUGGAGCCGACAAGGAUAUCGUGUGGCCGCGCUGCGAGGCAUUUGGGUCUACCAAAACAUAGCUUACAAUACCUUGUUGACUCGCUGUGUCAAGUACAACUCAACAAGGAAUUCCAGACGACCGAUUGGCGUGUUAGACCACUCCCCGAAAGAAAUGAUGCACUACGCCCGGGAGGACACUCACUAUUUACUGUAUUGCUAUGAUCUGCUACGGGAAAGACUUUUGCAGUCUGGAAACGAAAGGACGAACAAUUUACUGGAAGACGUUUACAGGGACUCCAAGGAGAUUUGCAAGAAGGUCUUCGAAAAGCACCUCUUCGAUCCCGAGGGUUUCACGCAGAUCAUCGCUUCAAAGAGGAAUCUCAACAAUAGGCAAAUAUUCGCCCUGCGGGAGCUCUGGCGUUGGCGGGACACGACGGCGAGAAAUCAAGACGAAUCACUGGGCUACGUUCUACCAUCACACAUGAUGAUUCAUAUUGCUGAGUCUCUUCCUCGUGACAUGCAAGGAAUCUUGGCGUGCUGCUCACCGGUACCGCACCCACUGAAAGAACAUUUGUUGCUUAUUCACAGGAUUAUCUUGGAGGCUCGAGAUCGCGAGCUUGAGAUGGUGGAAACGGCAAAAAAGGUGGUUGCCGAGGGCGAGACUUUGGCCACAAUGCGAAGCCGACAGCAACAAAGCAACCAGAUCGAUGAGCUGAAAGGACGAUUGUUCACCCACCUCAACAUUCAUUUUGCCGAGAAGGAGCAUUCGCUCAAGAAUCUUUCUCAAAAGGACGAUAUCAAAGUUGAGGAAGUAACGGACAACGACAUCAUGGCCUCAAUUCUGGAAUCGGAGCUUUCAGCGAGAGUGCAACAAAAACUUAUCAAGACAUUCACUGAUCCGCUCCCCGUCUAUGAACUUGAUAAAAAAGCUCGUGCCUUGAAAGGAGCUCAUCAAUUGCUAAAUAAAUUGUCCGAGGGAGCGACACCGUAUGAGUGCUACCAACUGGCGAUCAAGGAACGGGAUAAGAGAUUGGAGGCUCAACAAGAAGCCGACAAACAGAAAGCACAAGAUGCUCCAAAAGAGAAGAGAUUCUCUCACCACGAUCCAACCAUCAAUCGGAAAACUGUCGUUGAAGAGACUCCUGUUGUUAGCCUUGAAGAGCCGCUUGUGAAGCAAGAACCGGUGGAAUCGGUGGAAUCUAAAGAAAGAACACCUUUCAACGAUCAUCAAGUUUUGACGAAGAAGGCGUUAAAGAGGAAAAUGCAACAGGCUAAACAGAACGCGGACGUUCGACUCUCGGCACCGGCACCAAAGAGAAUUACAAAAAACGAGCCCUCGACAGUGGAUUUCAAGCCGGUUGACUACUCGGCAUUGGCUCAGCAAACGUUUGGAACAUGCGAUUUUGAUAUGCCUUCGGACAAUGACUAUGAAUGGACUCCAUUCAACCAUGGAGUCUCAAUAGGAGGUGGUGGUGGAAAGAAGAGAGGUGGACGUGAAAAUUCGAGAGGCGGUGGACGAGGAAGAGGUGGUCAUGGCCGUGGUGGACAAAGAGGAAAUCAACGUGGUGGUCAAUCUAAUCGACGCGGUGGCGGUGGAAACAGAGGAGGAAGCAGUGGAAACAGAGGAGGAGGCAGUGGAAAUCUUCUUCGU